GGAAGGCGGGGCUAGCUCAACCCCCGCGGAUCCCUCCGCCUUCGCUUGCUGUGUUAAGGUCAGCGGAGCCGCCAUUUUGGAUGCUGGACUCGGAAACCUGAGUCAGUCUCUUUCGUUUUCACUGGUGGAUUCUGUCUGGAAGAACAACACAGCAUGCUGGGCUCUGGAUUUAAAGCUGAGCGUUUACGAGUCAAUUUGAGAUUAGUCAUAAAUCGUCUUAAAUUAUUGGAGAAAAAAAAAACGGAAUUGGCCCAGAAAGCCAGAAAAGAGAUUGCUGAUUAUUUGGCUGCUGGAAAAGAUGAACGAGCUCGGAUCCGAGUGGAACACAUUAUCCGGGAAGACUACCUUGUGGAGGCCAUGGAGAUCCUGGAGCUAUAUUGUGACCUGCUGCUGGCUCGGUUUGGCCUCAUCCAGUCUAUGAAGGAACUAGAUUCUGGUCUGGCUGAAUCUGUGUCAACAUUAAUCUGGGCUGCUCCUCGACUACAAUCAGAAGUGGCUGAGUUGAAAAUAGUUGCUGAUCAGCUCUGUGCCAAGUAUAGCAAGGAAUAUGGCAAAUUAUGUAGAACCAACCAGAUUGGAACCGUGAAUGAUAGGCUAAUGCACAAACUGAGUGUGGAAGCCCCACCUAAGAUCCUGGUGGAAAGAUAUCUUAUUGAAAUUGCAAAAAACUACAAUGUUCCCUAUGAGCCUGAUUCUGUAGUCAUGGCAGAAGCUCCUCCUGGAGUAGAGACAGAUCUUAUUGAUGUUGGCUUCACAGAUGAUGUGAAGAAAGGGGGCCCUGGAAGAGGAGGGGGUGGAUUUGCAGCACCAAUUACUGGACCUGAUGGAACAGUUCCAAUGCCUAUGCCCAUGCCCAUGCCAUCUCCAAAUACUCCUUUCUCCUACCCACUUCCAAAGGGACCAUCAGAUUUCAAUGGAUUGCCAAUGGGGACUUUUCCCAAUAUUCAUCCUCCUCAGAUACCAGCAACUCCCCCAUCGUAUGAAUCUGUUGACGAUGCUAAUGCUGAUAAAAAUGUCUCUUCUGCACAGAUUAUUGGUCCUGGACCCAAGCCAGAAGCCUCUGCAAAGCUCCCUUCUAGACCUAUGGACACCUACGACAACUUUGUUUUACCAGAGUUGCCAUCUGUUCCAGACACACUACCAACUGCAUCUGCUGGUGCCAAAACCUCAACAUCUGAGGACAUUGACUUUGAUGAUCUUUCCCGGAGAUUUGAAGAGUUGAAAAAGAAAACAUAGACCUCUUAAACCAGGCAGUAUCUAAGUUUUGAGAAUUGAGACUGAACAGUUUCUCCUUAUAACAAAGGAUCUCCAUGAACUUGUUUCCCUCUCUUAACCAUCACUGAGUAUACUUUUCCUCUGGGUUCUCUUCCUGUUCUACCAGUUUUGCUGCUUUCCAGUUUUUCUAUUGCUCUCAAGAGACCAAUGACUGGAUGCUUUAUGAAGCUAGAGCAGCUAGCUCCUGGCAGCCAUGCUUGUCUGUUUCCUAUCAGUGUGAUCCUAGGUUUUCUCUUCACCAGUCCCACCAUCCUUCCAUAGGGGAGUGAGAAGGCGAAAGCAUUGUGGGGAGAAGCUGGACAAUGGAGGAGGGCACUACAUGCAGUGUCUCAACCCUGUAAUGAGGUUCUAAAACUUAGAACUCCCUUUGUACAGAGGGAGUGUGAUGAGUGAGAAUCAAGGCUAAGCUGUAUAUUUUUUCUCUCUAAUAGAACAGGAAAAAUGACUCAGGAGGCCGUUGUAACAGUUAUCAGAAGCUCGGUCCUCCCAUUGGCAUAUACACUACAGCUUUCUACAGGGCACUGUUUCACCUGGAUCCAGUUGCAAAGUUGAAGGCCUCUCUUAGUUCCACUGGAUUCUCAGGGAGCCCUCUGUGGCCUUUUGCUUUGAGUGCUCUUUCUUACCAGAGGGCAGCACUGUAUAAAUUCCCAUUUUUCCUAUAGCAUGUUUUGUUGGAUUACAUUUCUGGCAAAGGAAGGACAGGCCAUAUAUUGGGCAGAAGUUACCAUUCAACACUAAUGUGGACUUCCAGUUGCCUUAAUAGAAGUACUCAAGUCUCUUGGGUAGUGAGCUGGAAAGCCUACAGGAUGAGAAGGAUUCCUGUUUUCAUUUGAAAACUAAACAAUUAAGAGAAUCUUUACAAGUGAUCUCAAAAAUUUGGUCCCCAUGUGGCUAUAGUAGUUUGAUGCUUUCCUGGAUAGAUGGAACUUUUACUGUUCUAAUUUAUGUACUCCUUUGCCCCCUACCUAAGCCAUCCUUAUCUACAGUGGUGGCUUUGGGACUGAAAGAUAGUCCUUUGACUUCUGGUAGUGUAUCAGUACAUUCUUGUUUCAAGCAACUUUUAAUGUUUUUUGACUGGUUUGUAUCAUAGCUUAGUAGCUAACAAUAAAGGUAAAGAUUCUGUGCCCUGAUUUCUACACUGGUUUGCCCAAGGACACAUUUAGAUUUUAAGCUAGCAACCCAUAGUGAGCACUAUCCAGACCUUGUUUUUGGUUCUUGAAUAGUGCCGACAACAGCAAUAAGAGGCCUGCUUGCAUUUCUAUUUAAGCAUCAUAGUGUCUUAACCAAGCAGGCAGACCUCAUCAUGUUUGUAUUUUUUUUUCAAUGCAGUAAGCUCACAUCUCACAGCCAUGCUGGAACAUGGGUGGUGAAUAUUCUGCUGUUACUUGCUGCUAGGCAGCAGAGUUGAUUUAUCCGUCACUCUUGCAGUUAUAAUCCUUUGCUUACUGUGCCAAGAUUCAUUAACAAGAAUUUAGAGGAUUUAACCUCACAAAAUUGAGUAUUAUAAACAUAAUUUUUUAAAUUAUGCCUUGCAAAGGUAGGUAAUAAUAUGCCACAAACCAAUAACCCAAGCUAACAGAAUUACGUAGUUUCCCUUUUCAAAUUGCAGUGCCAAUGCCUGUUAUUAUCAUGGAUGUUAGCUUACAUGUUCUGAUGCAGCUGGAUUCCCAACAAACUUGAGAAUUUCUGUAGCAGUAUGUUUAUCAGUGUAGCUUCUUUCUUAGUCUAUUUAAAAAGAAAAACAAGAAGAUUGAAACUGUUGCUAAUGUUAGAGGAAAAAAGUACUCUUAAACUUUUUAAAAUCUUGGUAAAGAUACUAUUUCCUUUAAUGAUUUACUGUAUCUUCUAGUUGGGAAGCAGCUAUUGUUGGACAAUGGAUAUAGAACAUGAAGUGCAGGACUAUGGAGACUAAUAAAGGGGACAUGCUGAUACUACACACUGUCAGCAGUUGACCUUUCUCAGUGAUUUAAAAUGUAAUGAUGAUUCAGGGGCUAAGUGGUAAUGCACACGUGGAGACAGGUUCAAGCUCCCACUCCUUACCUGCAGGGGGGGAUGCUUCAUGAGCAGCAAAGCAGGUCUGUAGGUAUCUUAUCUCUCUCCCUAUCCUAUCCAAUAAAGUAGAAAGAAGGAAGGGGGAAAAAAAAAA